UUCUUGAUGAUGCUGAGGAGAGAGCAUCCUCCGCGGCAGGUCUCCCCGCAGGCGGGCCGUGCCUCUCGGUGGAGGGGAUGUUAGAGAGCACCGCUCCCUCGCAGGCAUCGUCUUUAGGCCGCAGACGGCUCGCGAGGACCCGGAAGUCAGCUUCGCGCUGCCGCGGACCUCCUGCGCGACGCGAUGGUGGAUCUGCCCGGGAGUGGCGCAGUGUCGCCCGGACACGACCGACGCGGACCGGGCUCCGGUAAUAACGGGAAGAAAACGCCGAAAAGGGCCCGAACGAGAAGAGGCAGGCGAGGGAGGAAAAGGAGGAACAAGAAGAACAACAGGAGCAACAAAACACCACCUCCGUAUUUCCCUCCGGAGGCUGAGGAAGGAAACAUCGAGUACAAGCUGAAGCUGGUUAAUCCCACGCAAUAUCGCUUCGAGCAUCUGGCCACGCAGCUGAAGUGGCGUCUGCAGGAGGGCCGCGGCGAGGCCGUCUACCAGAUCGGCGUGGAGGACAACGGCCUGCUGGUCGGCCUGAGCGAGUCCGACAUGAAGGCCUCGCUGCGAACCCUGAAGAGGAUGGCGGAGAAAGUCGGCGCCGACAUCACUCUCCUGCGCGAGAGGGAGGUGGACUACGACCUGGACAGAAACACGCGCAAAAUCGCAGAAGUCCUGGUUCGAAAAGUUCCUGAUGACCAGCAGUUCCUGGACCUGCGGGUGGCGGUUCUGGGGAACGUGGACUCGGGGAAGUCGACCCUGCUGGGCGUGCUGACGCAGGGCGAGCUGGACAACGGGCGAGGCCGAGCGAGGCUCAACCUCUUCAGACACCUGCACGAGAUCCAGACCGGACGCACCUCCAGCAUCAGCUUCGAGAUCCUCGGCUUCAACAGCAAGGGGGAGGUGGUGAACUACAGCGAGUCGCGGACCGCCGAGGAGAUCUGCGAGAGCUCCUCCAAGAUGAUCACCUUCAUCGACCUGGCCGGACACCACAAGUACCUGAAGACCACCAUCUUCGGCCUCACCAGCUACUGCCCCGACUUCGCCAUGCUGGUGGUGAGCGCCAACACCGGCAUCGCCGGCACCACCCGGGAGCACCUGGGCCUGGCCAUGGCGCUGAAAGUUCCCAUCUUCAUCGUGGUCAGUAAAGUGGACCUCUGCUCCCGCGGCACCGUGGAGAGAACCGUCCGCCAGCUGGAGCGCCUCCUCAAGCAGCCGGGCUGCAACAAGCUGCCGAUGGGCGUGGCCAACCCGGACGACGCCGUGACGGCCGCGCAGCAGUUCACCCAGUCCGCCUGCAUCACGCCUAUCUUCACCCUGUCCAGUGUGUCUGGAGAGAGUCUGGACCUCCUGAAGAUCUUCUUAAACAUCCUUCCUCCACUGAGCAACAGCAAGGAGCAGGAGGAGCUGAUGCAGCAGCUCACCGAGUUCCAGGUGGAUGAGAUCUACUCUGUUCCUGACGUUGGGACUGUGGUGGGAGGAACUCUGUACAGCGGCGUGUGCAGGGAGGGCGAGCGGCUGGUGGUCGGUCCCACCGACGAGGGCCGCUUCCUGCGCCUGAAGGUGGGCAGCAUCCAGAGGAACCGCUCGGCCUGCAGGGUGCUGAGGGCGGGGCAGGCGGCCACGCUGGCCCUGGGGAACUUCGACCGCUCGCUGCUGCGCAAGGGGAUGGUGAUGGUCAGUCCCAAGAUGAACCCGACCAUCUGCUGUCAGUUUGAAGCCGCCAUCGUCCUGCUCUUUCACGCUAAGACCUUCCGCCGGGGGUCACAGGUCACCGUGCACGUGGGCAACGUCAGGCAGACGGCCACGGUGGAGUGUCUCCACGGGAAGGACGAGCUGCGGACGGGCGAGAGAGCCGUGGUUCGCUUCUGCUUCAUCAAGCACCCGGAGUACCUGCGACUGGGCGCCAAGCUGCUCUUCAGGGAGGGCGUGACCAAAGGCAUCGGCCACGUCACCGGCCUGCUGCCCGCCUCCCAGAACCACGACCAGAACCAGAACCACGACCAGAACCUGCCGGAGCAUCAGAGGCCGCCCCCCGACCGACGUGGAGCUCCGUGAGAACUCCGGGCCGCUGGGACGUCAUCGGUGCGCCUGCUUCUUCGCUCCCGCCGCCUCGUGCCGCGCUUUGUAAUUCUCGCCGUGGUGAAUGCGUGCUGCUGAGCGUCCGUCAUCAUCGUCAUCAUCGUCAUCUUCCUCUCAGCAGACCUUCAUGUCUUGGGUUUAAUCCGACUGAGCUCAGCAGACUUAAACCCGGAUGAUUAAUGCGAUAUCAUCUGAUGUUCCUCUGUCAUAAGGAGACGGGCUGGAUUAUUCGGGGGUUGAGAAGAAUUGAAGAAGUGAAUCAGCGUUUUGGGGGUCGGGAUUAGUAUCAUUUUAUCAUGGUGUAAAACAGGGAAGCAGCUCAUCGUCACAUCGAAACUUUGACAAGAUGCUCUAGUGUAGUUUUUGAUUGAUGAGACUAAGGAUUAAAACACUUUAGCUUAGUUCAAAGUCAAACCUUUUACCCAAUAUAAGAACUUCCUGGCUUGAACUUGUAAUUUGUAUUUUAUUAAAGUCCCAAUUUCUUUUAUAUUUUAUAGAGAAUUUGAACUGACUGAAAGAAAUGCGCCUCGACUGCAGUAAGAAACCAAACUGGAGGCUGUUUCUAUGUUAGCUGCUAACCAGCUAACUAGCUUUGGUUAGCUCUCUGCUAGCGUGGUUAGCUCUCUCUCUAGCUGGCAAGUGACCUCGUCUGCUUUAGCGCGUUAGCUCCGCGGCUACGGCGGCUCGUCCACUCGCACAGCUGAUCAUCGAUCCAUCAUCGGUGGGCUAAUUCACGUUCCGACAGAGUGACCUCUGACCCCCGGCUCAUCGUAUCUGCUCCACUCAUGUGCACUUUAUUCACCUUUGAUCAUGAAAUGCAUUUAAUCCCUUCUGUCGUCUCACAGACUGUUUAUUUUCUAUCCCCCCCCCAAUCGAGUCUGAUAUAAAUAACCAGACUACAGUCAAUAAUAGUUCACAACGUUAGAGGAGGACAUGAACCGGAGGAAGAUGUAUCGGCCGUUGAGUUCCAGCUGCUUCUGAAGCCUCGUCAUGAAACAUCUGCAUUGGACCAACGAUGGACGCUGGAAUACUUUUUAUCUUUGCUCUGAUUAUUAUCCGUCCGUGUUCAGAGCCGUUUGGUGUGUUGCAGCUAAACGUGACCUGCAUGAGGAAGAAAAACAACCACAACACUCUAAUCUUCUCGUUUGAACUGUGAAGUGAUACAUGACGUGUUUGAACCGGUUUCUUUGUCUGAUUUUCUUUCCCGCUCGAUACCGAAUGUACUUUCCACGGAUCCUGCGUCGCGUCCGAAGCCGCUCGCGCUGCUCUUUGUAUUCUGGUCCUGCAUGUGAUGCUGCGGAGCAUCUUACCGAGUCCCUCUAACUAAAUAAACUGUGGAAACAAGA